UACUCAAUGGUUUCAGUACCGAGCCGCCACGGGUCUGGACUCGACGUGGUCCCAUUAAGUCAACGAUUAAUCAUCGCCUUGUUUUCGAACGCGUGAACAGUGCUCGCGAUCUGUGAAUUAAAAUCGCGUUGGUGGAACGUGAUUUCGGUUUACGUGCCCUGCCCCGUGCGCACUUGAUCACCGUCGAUCGACAGUUCGUUCGUGGACACGUACGAUGACAACGACAUUAGGUUAAUCGAAAUCCGGAGGGGAUCCCUCUCUUUUUUGAAGAUGUGCACUCGCGAUUGUGAACAGAUUUUAUAUCGGGAUCGUGCAACGUUUCCGAGUGAAAGACAGUCGAUUGGUGGUGCGUGACUCCCUGCGACCGUCCCCGGCGACUCACGUGCUCGCACGCCGGUGCACGCGAUCGAGUUUCACAGGAUCCGGCGAAAGGAAGACCGUGUCGUGCGUGUGAUAACCUACAAAGGGUUCUUAGAAACGAUCCUCAUUAAAGAAAUUUCUUGUAAUUAAGACAGACCGACGGGCCGAGCAAUUUCGACCGGCUGAUUAUUAUCGAUACCGGCGAUUUAAUUACUCCCGUACGAAGGACUACGCGCGGAUAUCCUUCCGUGUACGCGAGCCCCGAAGGGUAGCGGUGCGAGUAACGAGCCAUGAGAUAGGGGCGAACCGGCGAGUUCAUUCGGAGCUAGUGGUGCAGUAAACUAGACCCGUGGUGCAGAGCGUUACUUGUGGUUCGUUUCGAUCCGGUCGCGGAGUUGGCCAAUUCUCGCGAAUCGCCGGGUCUCCCCGUUGAAUCUCGAACAAAGCGUACGUGUCUGUAUCUCGUGCAAGGUCGGGUUUGUUUUCAUCGAGUUCAGCCCCAUUCGCGAAGAAGAAGAAUGAUACUAGAAGUACAUGCUUUUUUUGUACAAUUGCAGGCUGACGAUGAGCUGAAGUGACAACAAUUUUCACUGCCGUUUACUGCACAGAAUAAGACUUUCGAGAAACUGGAAAUUGUACAUUGACGUCGAACAGUGCAACGACCCAUGAUAUUUGUGUUCUUGGAGAGAUUGUAUACAAGAUUCAAAUUUUACUGCCGCAUUUAACGUCGCAUUAACCCCGGUGGUUUACUCUACUUUUACUAAACUGGACACACGUACAGCGUUUAAACCUGACUGCCAUCGCACACUUUUUUCUACAAUUUUUUAGCAACCCUACGCCGCAAUCAUUCAAGACUGAUCAUCCAAUGAACUUUGUCAAUUACUAGAGAUUCUAGGGGAACGGUUACUGAACAAUUUACCUGCCGUCGUUCGAUUGCCACAAGAAGUUCGAUCCCGGAAGAUUUCUAUGCGCAAUUAAAGCGGACGGUUAUCUGCUAGAAUCAUCGUGGCAAGGGGAGGAGCUGAGAAGGGAGCGCGCGGCUCUGUUGAUCACCGACGUUCGAGGCACCCGAUCGGGUGACAAAAGUGUGUUGAUUGUCGAGGCAGCAUCGUCGGUCGUCGAGGUGCAGAGAAAGGCUUCGGGAGAGGAUGUCGACGACGGCGGCGCAAUGCAGCAACGGCAGCAACAUCGAAAACAAGAAGGAGAACACCGACUGCACCGGCGGCAGCAAUUAGUGCUGGUUCACGACGACGGUCGCGAGACUAGGUAACCGCUGAAAGAGCGGGGGCGGUCGGCCCGGGGUGAGGACCGGGAGGCGCCGGUUCUCCACGGUGUGUGUGUGUGCGUGUGCCGGAAGGUGCGCGAAACGAAGACAAAAUGUGGUGGUGGAGAAGGUGCCGAUGGAAUGUCGCGACUACGACCACGGUGUUCGUGUUGUUGAGAAUUGCCACGGUGUACUCGCAGCUGGAGAUAUCUGAUCUGGAUAAGCCAAUCCCAAUGGAAACUGUCAGCGGAGUUAUUGGGAAUAAAGUAAAGCUUCCAUGUAACAUCACUUCCGACAACAACGACAACGUCAGCAUGGUGCUUUGGUACAAGGAAGGAACGGGAGAGCCAAUCUACAGCUUCGACGUCCGACGUCGACAGUUCAGCGACGCUCGGCUGUGGUCGUCGCCAACGGCACUGGGACCAAGAGCUUUUUUUAGCACCGCGUCUAAUCCCGCUCAUCUGAACAUCGAUCGACUCGAGACUAAAGACGAAGGGAUCUAUCGGUGUCGAGUGGACUUCAAGAAUUCGCCGACGAGAAAGCAAAGGACGAAUCUGACUGUCAUCGUGCCUCCGUCGGACCCGGUGAUACUGGACGGGACAACGAGGGACAUCUCGAGAAUAGAGCGGCCGUACAACGAGGGGAGUGACGUGAACCUGAUUUGCGAGGUACGAGGUGGCAGGCCUCCCCCGAAGCUGACGUGGUACCUCGAGAACACUGUGAUAGACGACUCCGAUGACUACAACCCCAAGUCCGGGCUGACGGUUAACCGCUUGUCCUACCCCAAAGUUGGAAGGCAGCACCUCCAGGCCCGGCUGAUCUGCGAGGCCAGCAACACUAACUUGGUGCCGCCGCAAAUUAGGCUGGUCAUCCUCGACGUCAACCUAAAACCACUGGUCGUGCAGAUUUUGACCAAAGAGCCCCGAGUAUCCGCCGGCAAGAAGUACGAUGUGGAAUGCAGGACGUCUGGUUCCAGGCCGGAGGCGGUCAUUACAUGGUGGAAGGCGAAUAAGCAGAUAAAGACAAUGGCUCAAAACUAUCCGCUGGAGAACAAUCAGAGCCUGAGUAUCUUGAGUUUCACGCCAAGCGUAGAGGACGAUGGCAAGUAUCUGACUUGUCGGGCGAAGAACCCUAUCAUCCCUGAUAGCUCAUUGGAGGACAAGUGGAGACUGGAUGUACAAUAUCAGCCAGUGGUCACCCUUAAGAUGGGCAAGACUUUGAAGCCGGACGAUAUUAAGGAGGGCGACGACGUCUACUUCGAUUGCAUGGUCAAGGCGAAUCCGAAAGCUUACAAGCUCGUCUGGUUCAAGGAUGGAAAAGAACUGAAGAAUAAUGCUACGGCAGGUAUCGUCCUCAGCGAUCAGUCUCUCAUUCUUCGACGAAUAACCCGAUACUCAGCGGGUGAUUACACUUGUCUCGCUGCCAACAACGAAGGGAAGACUACUAGCAACCCGGUGAACCUUCAGAUAAUGUACACGCCGGUUUGCAAGGAGGGCAGGAGCGAGGUGGUGGUUGGCGCACUGAAACAGGAAACCGUAUCGUUGGUUUGUUCCGUCGAGAGUCAUCCGGCGCCGUUGACUUUCCACUGGACAUUCAAUAAUUCCGGCGAGCUGGUCGAGGUCUCUCAUUCUCGUUACUCUCACGUGCCAGCGGCCGCCGGGACGCCGUCCGUCGCCGAAAGCCUGAAGGAGUACCAACAAUUCCACGGGUCCAGGCUGAACUAUACGCCCGCAACGGAAAUGGACUACGGCACGGUGGCGUGCUGGGCGAGCAACCAGGUUGGCAAGCAACGGGCACCGUGCCUCUUUCAGGUGAUAGCCGCCGGACGUCCGUACGCUCUGCACAACUGCACGACUACGGAGAUGUCAGCUCCUCUGGACUCGGACGCUGAUUUGAACGCGAAGUCUGGAACGGGAUUGAUAGUGAGAUGCUUGGAGGGUUACGACGGUGGUCUCCCGAUUUACAGCUACCAGCUGGAGGUGGUCGCGGACGAGGACGGCGGUCCGGUUUUGCUGAACAAAACUGUGCCGGCCGGUCCGAACGGGCCGACUUUCGAAGUGGCAGGCCUAACGACAGGAAGGAGUUAUCGACUUUUUCUGUACGCGAUUAAUGCCAAGGGGAGGAGCGAGCCUGCCAUCCUCGAGCCAGUGACCCUGAAGGGUGUCGCCAUGUACACGACCGGGAACACGGACGCGUCGAUGAGCUCGCUGCUGUUGGGCCUGGCUGCGACGGCAACCCUUUUGGCCCUGUUUGGUGCCGGAGUCCUCGCGGCGCUCUACCGGAAGCACUCGAACGGCCGGCCCGGAAGUCCAAAGCACGCUCCCAUCGUGUGCGAGCCACCUAAUGCAGGUGCAACUACCCCGGUACACCCACAGACCAAGCAGGCGGUCGAUGACAUCGAUCCGGACAUCAUACCCAACGAGUAUGAGAGAAGACCGCUAACGUACACGCCGAUCUAUAAAACACCACCGCAACGAAGAAAGAAGGAUCGCGCGGCGGACGAAGCAGUCUCGCCGGAGAAAAGGCCGAUCGUACAGCAGCAGGGCUUGGACCUACCUUCUGACUCGAUGUUGACCGACUGUUUGCCAACGUCGACCAUAAAUUAUUCCCAGAACCACGUACCCCAACCGAAUACUUACAGCAAUCCGCCGACCAUGGCUGACUUCAAACAAAUGGCCAUGGACGCUUACAAUCAGCGAAACAACCAGAACGUGUACUACAGCCUCCAGAGGUCGAGCAAGGGGCUAACGUCAAGGCCGGUCUCAUCGUCCGUCUCCGCGCAGGGAAAGUUUCAUCAGCCGGAAGUAGUGACGCGCUCGAAUCGAAUACAGGAGAGUUGUAUAUAGAAAAAAAUGAAGACGGUCUCGCCGAGGGAAACUCGCGUGUAACCGCGUAGACGAUCGCGAUGGUCGACAAAGGUGCGACAUAGUGCGACGGAACGUUGCUCUCGCGAAUCCCGCGGAGUCGAAUUUUUCGCAAAAUGAGUUGCGUCUUCCUACGGUGGACGUGCGAACUUUCGAGCGCUCUCGCUCCGAGCGUUCAUUGUACAAAAAAAAAGGGAAAACGACACAAAAAUAGAGAAAGAAAAUCGUUGAAAAAUUCGAGGUCGUGUCGUGACGGGAACGAGGACCCACGGUCGGACACGUUGCCGACUUGAGUCACGUGCGCGACGAGAUUGAACGCGUGUAUUGUGUGGAUACAUCGAGUUUGUUAUUCUCGAAGUUAAUGAAACGGUCGAUAAUUGGAAAAGAGUAUGCUGGAUAGGGAACCGUUCAUUCUUUUUCUACAUGGGGAAUUUUAUAAUAGAGUUCGGUCACGAAACGAGGAUGAGAACAGGUAACGGACUGAAGCGGCGGGACGAAGCUCGGGAAGGAGUUCUAAUUUGACGGGGUAAUGCCAUCGAGCUGCUAAACACGUCUUGUUUGUUGCGCUGAACGAAUAUCGAACGGUCUUCGUUUCCGUGUUCGCGACGAUCCACGGCCUCGAGAUCGCAGCAUUUUACUGUUUAUAUGAGAUUAGUUUUUGUACAAAGAUCUAUUGUAAAUAGGCGAGACAGCCUGUCCCUAGUGAAUAGUCACCGAUGUCCGAAUUUCAUUCGCUAAGAAAAAAGUCACGUGUUAUAUUCGGUGAAGUGGAUUGUUCGGUCACGUAAGUUAAAUACUCGAUGGCAUACGAAAUAAAGAGAAUACGUUUCAUCUGUUUUACAGAAA